CGAAGUUAAAUGUACUCUGGUUCUGUUCCCGCCAGAGAAUAUAGUGAGUUGGGUGAUUUUGGGUUCCAUUUCCUCUCUGCUUACUGCUCCUCACUGUUUUUACUUUUUUUUUAAAAAAAGGGAAUGGCAUCUCCUUCAUCCAAAACCCUAAUGGAUCUAUUCAAGCAACCAGCAGCAAAGCGCUUAAAACAGGUCUCUUCCACCGAAAACUUCAUUUCUAGCGCCUUCCCAACUUCAUCAUCACGUAAAGACAGUGACGAAGACCCCAAAGUCGUAGUAUCCCCAACGCCGGAGCAAAAGUCGAGAAUGGAGUUCAACAGAUCACUCGCAAAGGCCAAAAGGAACCUCAAACUAUGUUCUGAUAAAAUCUCCAAAUUAAACGCAAACGGUGAGGGGGGUGGAUAUGUGAAGUUACAGGAACUGUUGAUUGAGGAGACAUGGUUGGAAGCACUGCCAGGGGAAUUUCAGAAGCCCUAUGCAGGGAAUUUGUGCAAAUUUGUGGAAAAGGAAAUUAGUGGUGGUGUCCCAAUUUAUCCUCCACUACAUCUGAUUUUUAAUGCUCUUAACACUACUUCAUUUGACAGGGUGAAGGCUGUCAUCAUUGGACAGGAUCCAUAUCAUGGACCAGGUCAGGCAAUGGGCCUCUCCUUCUCGGUGCCUAAGGGUGUCAAAGUCCCUUCUAGUCUGAUGAACAUAUAUAAAGAACUUAAGCAAGAUUUGGGCUGUUCAAUACCCCUUCAUGGAAAUCUGGAACAAUGGGCUGUACAGUCUUUUGUGACACAUUUGACACAGGAAGUGCUAUUGAAGCAUGACCAUCAUUUCAACUACUAUCUACUUCUGAUCUCUUUCCUUCAUGGAAACCUAUAUUUGAUAUUUAAACAAGAAGUGGCUGCAUAAUGUUUAUGCUGGGUUUUUUCACUGAACCUAUAUGGCAACUGAUAAGUCAUAUCUUUACAGUUUCUAGUUAUUAACCGUGUAACAAACUGCAAAUGAUUGCAGCUUUAAAUUCCAAUGUCAACUAAUCAAAGAUCAAUGUUUUUUUUUAUCAACUUCAACUGCCCAUCAUUUCUUAAAGUUGGGGCCAACUAUUGAGUACAUGGUUAUCCUGUGGUUUCCUGACAUGUUAAUGUAAUAAUAAUGGAUCCUAACUUGGACCAAGUUGAUAUUUAUGCAAGCUUAUAUGAUAGAAAUAUAUAACAAUCUGUAAACUAUCAGUUUAUAAUUUGAUAAGUAGUUUGAAAACUGAAACUCGUCACUUUUGUACACUACUGGUGGAAUAUUUAGAACUAAACUGUAGCACAAAGAUGUAUAUCAUAGAAGUUCUCAGCUUACAACACUCCCCCGUUACACUGGCUCACUUGCAUACUUGAAAGCAUGCUUGCUUGUUGUUAAUGUAAGAAGGUUUUUGUUUAAAGCAUACCCUAGCAUAGAUUUAUACUUUGUUUGAGCAGGAAAAUUAGAGUUGUUCAUGGUUCAAUGUUGAAUUUCUGUUAAAUGAAACUGAUGCUUUCACAUCAGCAAAAUUAACUUUGUAAACCUUGAUGUACUCCUAUUUAUAAGUUGUUGUGUUCCCACAUAGGUCAUUUAGGGAUGGGAAGAUCACUUUAUAUGGUUUUGGCAAUUCUCUCCUAAUGAGCUAGCUUAUGGGGUUGAGUUAGGCCUAAACUCCAUUUUCUUAUCAUGAUAUCAAAGUCAGAUCCAUCCCAAAUCUUCUUUUACUCGAUGUUGGGCCCAUUAUAUUUUCCACGCUCCGGUUGCCAGGCCUGGGUGUGCCAAGGGGACAUAUAUAGUCUUGGGAAAUCCUUACCUCAUGAGCUAGCUUUGGAGAUUGAGUUAUCUCAAAGUCCGUUUUUUCUUAUUAGUGUUGACAACACUUUUAUAGCCUUCAUUUUUUUCUUCCUUUAAAUAAUUGUCUGACAUAAACCACAUUGCUUUACAGGGUGUUCUGCUUCUCAAUUCUGUUCUAACAGUUAGGCAUCAUCAGGCAAAUUCUCAUGCAAAUAAAGGCUGGGAGCAAUUUACAGAUGCUGUCAUCAAAACAAUUUCUCAGAAGAAAGAAGGAGUUGUUUUCAUUCUGUG